GUUAAUUUUCAGGUUGAAUUCGUAGGAGGUGGUGAUUCGAGGGGCAUGGCCAUAGCUAACAUCUAGCAACACUUGUCUUGGGAUUAUUUUGGCAAAGGACUCUGUGAGAGAGCGAGACAGAAGGGUACGGAGUACUUGUACAAUGCACAAUAAGCAAAUCCCACCCAAACAUGAAAACGCAAGCUAUUUACUUGUCUACUCCGGAUCGCACAGUACGGAGUAGAAGUGAUUUGCGGCUACCGGCACCUACUGCGUCCCCUCUGGCCGGGGGGGUAGAAUAGGAUGCACGUGCGUAGCCUAGCCAGCGGCUCCCGUCAUCUGCAAGGACGAGGCUGCAAAAGCAUACGGAGGUACAGUACCGUAGCAUAUCAAGCCGCGACUGGAGCUCGAGCAACCAAAUCAACCUCCUCAACAUCAAACCUCACGGCCUUCCAUCAAGAUAUUUUGCGCCUUCCCAUCUACGACCAUACCUACACCCACAUAUUUCUGCAUCGCAUCGCACCGCCUUCGCGCAUCCUCUCGAUCGAUUUGCACAGCUCCACCGAUAUCCGCAACCCAUCUCAACAAUUCGCGCGCAUCCUCCUCCGAGUACUGCCUCCCCUGCCCACCAUCUUCAAGAUGUCUGGCAUCGACCAGCGCGAGCUAGAUAGCCGACUCAAGUCUCUUGCGAAGGCGGUACAAGACAAAGAGCCUGCGGAUGUCGUUACGUCAAUUCUGGAGUCAUUGAAGAAGGAUGUGGUACCAACAGAGGAUCUGCUUCGGGUAUGGCUUUCUCCUUGUUAUGCACAUUCCACAAAGCGCAUUACGUGCCAUCAAAGGCAAUGAAGCUAACAAUCCGCUGCUCAGUCGACGAAAGCUGGCAUGAUAGUGUCUAAGCAAAAGGGAAACCCAAAUAAAGAUAUCGCCAGGCUCGCAACAGAGAUCAUUUCAAAGUGGAAGAAGAUAAUUGGCCAGAACAAGCAAAAGACAAUGGCGCACUCGACUCCCACCAACGGUGCAGCUUCCUCCCCAGCUCCAGCACCCACCACCGCUGAGAAAGGUUUUACUGGUGACGUUUCAAAGCGACGAUGGAAUAGCGAGAAUGUCGAUAUCAAGCGAACCCAAAAUCCACCACGCGAUAGCUGCAUCGGUCUCAUGUACAAUGGCCUUGCCUUUAUGUCUUCUGAGCCUGCGACUCAGAUCCUUAUUAAAGCACAGCACGUCGAGCAAGCUGCAUGGGAUAUCUUCAAAGGCGAUACCCCCGAAUACCGAAGUAAACUCCGUUCACUUUUUCAAAAUUUAAAGAACAAGGACAACCAGGAGCUGAGAACGAAGGUCUUCUCAGAAGAAAUUUCGGCCAAGAGUUUUGUCACAAUGACUGAUGAUGAGUUGAAGUCGGCCAAGAGAGUUGAGGAUGAUAAGUCUCUCGAACAGGAAAAUCUGCGAAAAUCUGAGGUACCCACCGCGAAGAAGAGUAUUAGUGAUGCUUUGAGAUGCGGACAAUGCAAGCAGAAGAAAGUCAGUUAUAGUCAAGCUCAGACUCGAAGUGCAGAUGAACCGAUGACUACCUUCUGUGAGUGUACAGUUUGUGGUAAUCGUUGGAAGGUACGUUUUUGUCUAUCCUUCCUUACUCCGAAUGCCCUAACGAUUAUAGUUUUCUUAAACUUUGUCUGCGAAUUGAAAGUUUUACUGCAUUUUUCCA